AUGGCCGAACCCAUCACCCUCGUCGUGCAGCCGCGCGGCAAGCCCAUCAAGAAGCUCCCCGCCGAAACCACCAUUGCCCUGUCCGACUCGACCGCUGAGCUCUACAAGCGCAUUGCCCAGGCCACCGGCUUUUCCGUCCACCGCCUGCGCAUCGUCAAGGGCAGCGAUGGCUCUGUCGUCCCCAAUUCGCCCCGGACGCUUGUCCAGGACACCGGCCUGCGCCAGAAAAGCAACAUCACCGUCAAGGAUCUUGGUCCCCAGAUUGCCUGGCGCACCGUUUUCCUCGUCGAGUAUGCCGGGCCCCUGCUCAUCCACCCGCUGAUCUACUUCCUGCGCCCGUAUCUCUACCCUGUCCCUAGCCUCACCCCGUCCGCUCUCCCGGAGCCCACCUCGCUGCAGAAGCUGUCGCUCGUCCUGGUCACAAUCCACUUCCUCAAGCGCGAGCUGGAGACGCUGUUUGUGCACCGCUUCUCCAGUGCCACCAUGCCCGCCUUCAACAUCUUCAAGAACUCUGGUCAUUAUUGGAUUCUGUCCGGCCUCAACCUGGCCGUCUUCGCCUAUGGCGCUUCGAAGACGGAAAUCGACUCGAACCCCCUGGCCGUCUAUGCUGCCCUUGCCCUAUACACUAUUGGAGAACUCGGAAACCUGUAUACCCAUUUGGUGCUGCGUGGCUUGAGACCAGCUAACAACCCCACCGCCCGUGGCAUUCCCCAGGGUCUGGGCUUCUCGUGGGUCACUUGCCCCAAUUACCUCUUUGAGGUCAUCUCCUGGACUGGUGUUUGGAUCAUCAACUCUCUGAUCGGCAAAGGCGGCUUCUUCUCCACCGCCCUCUUCGUCGUAGUCGCCGGCGGCCAGAUGGCUGCAUGGGCUGCCAAGAAGGAAAGGAGGUAUCGGAAGGAAUUCGGUGCUCAGUACAAACGCAAGAAGUUUGUCAUGCUCCCGGGCAUCUUCUAG